AUGUCGUACGCCCCCGAUGGCCGUCUGCUGUCGCCUGGCGAGGUGUAUGAAGCCGCACCCACACUCGUGAAAGAAGACGAGUGGCAGGAAGACCUAAACGUUGCCAUGAUCUGCCCCGACUGCAAAGAAAACCCCCCCAAUCUGGUCGAAGAGUUCAGCGCCGGCGACACCAUCUGCGGUUCUUGCGGUCGCGUGCUUGCGGAGAGGACUAUAGACACGCGUUCCGAGUGGCGCACCUUUUCCAACGACGAUCAAGGAAACGACGAUCCCUCUCGUAUCGGAGACGCCGCGAACCCCCUGCUACACGGCUCUCAGCUCCAGACUGAGAUCAGUUUCGGUGACGGCGGUAUGAGGUCUAGGGACCUGAGCCGCGCGCUUAACAAGACCAACCACGACAAGGUCAACAAGGCGCUGCAGGCCGCGUAUGGACAAAUCUCCGCGCUCUGCGACUCACAGAACAUCAGCCGCCCUACCGCUGAGACGGCCAAGAUGCUGUUCAAGAUGACCGAUGACGCAAAACUCUUCAAGGGCAAAUCGCAAGACGCUAUCAUCGCCGGGUGCAUCUUCAUAGCCUGCAGAAAGCACGACCAGCAGCGCAGUUUCCGCGAGAUCUUCAAGAUGACCAACGUGAGCAAGAAGGAAGUUGGCCGUACGUUCAAGGUGCUCGAAGCCUUUAUACAAAAGUCCCAGAAUAACGGGCCGUCAGUUGCAGGAAACGGUGCCGUCAUCGACACUGUCAACCUUCUCAACCAGAAAGGCGGUACCACAGCCACCGGCGCCGCAAGUCUUAUGCCCCGUGCCUGCGCCAAACUCGCCCUUGGAACACAAGUCCAGAUGGUCGCAGAAGAGUGCGCGGAUCAGGUCGCCCACUACGGAGUUGCAGCCGGACGCUCCCCCCUCUCCAUCGCCGGCGCCUGUCUCUACCUCGUCUCCCACCUCAUGGGUCAGCCCAAAUCUCCAAAAGAGAUCGGUUUGGCUGUCGAGGUCAGCGACGGAACGAUCCGCACAGCCUACAAGCUCAUGCACUUGGAGCAGGACAAGCUUAUCAAGGAGGAAUGGAUCGCCAAGGGUGGCGACCGCUCCAGGAUUCCGCAAGCUUGA